CGGGGCUCCCGGGGCUCCGCGCGGGCCCAGCCGGAAGCGCUCCCGCCGCCCAGGAUGCCGGAGGCCAAGAGCUCCCGCCCGGACCCCCUGCGAUGGACCAAGGAGCCGGUGCGCCGCUCCGUGAGCCAGAUCUGCCCGCCGCCGCGCCGGCCGCUGACCAUAGCGGACAUCCGGCCGGGCAUGGAGAACGAGCGGCUGGGCGUGGUGCGCGAUUCCAUGUUUCAGAACCCGCUCAUCGUCAAGGCCGAGCUGGGGAAGCCCCGGGAGCGGAACGUCACCCUCCCCGGCCUCGACUUCAACUACGGCCUCUACGUCCGCGGGCUGGACGGAGGGGUCCCCGAAGCCAUCGGACACUGGAGCGUGUAUAAGCCGCAGCCCACCUGCCACGAGGAGCUGAGGCGGGACUACAUCGCCAUGAACCGCGGCGCCGUGAAGGCCGGCCUGGUCACCGCGCGGGAGACGAUGCUGUACCAGCAGGUCAACGACCUGCGCAUCACGAGUGAGGACCAGCGGCGGUUCAAGCGGGAGCCGUCCUCCAUCCCCGCCAACAUGACCUUCGGGAUCCCGUCCCGGCCCUCCACGCCCCUGUUCGACCUGCUGCGGCACCGCUACCAGCAGCUGUGGGUGCAGGAGCAGAAGGCCGCCCAGAAGGCCAUCAAACUGGAGAAGAAGCAGAAGGUGAGCCUGGGGGAGCUGUACGAGACGCGGAGCAGCCAGCUGAGGAAGUACAAGCCGCCCGUGAAGCUGGACGCCCUCUGGCACAUGCCUCACUUCCAGAAGGUGGGCCGGCACCUCGACACCUUCCCCACCGAGGCCGACCGCCAGAGAGCCUUGAAGGCGCACCGGGAGGAGGUGGCCGUGCGCCGGGGGACCCUGCGGUUGGGCAACUACACGCACCCCUAGCCGCCCGCGGAGGAAAGCCCCGGAAGGACUCUGGUCUCGCCCACCCUGUUUUCUCGUGGGCUCUGCUGCUGCAGGGCCUCGGAGGCAGGUCUUCCGUUAGUUAUUUUUGCUAAGACCCCCCCCCCCCCCCCCGCUCCCGCUUAGUUAGGCAACACUCGCUCGCCUUCGCCCAGCCUUCGCCCAGCGCCCCUCGCCCCGGGGGCCCGCCCACCGCCCUCUGGCAGGCCGCCGCCCCCUCUCACCCUCACCGCCCGCGCAGACCCAAUCGCAGGCCGAGUCCGCAGGCUGUGCCCGCAUCAGGGACACGUGCUCUAAGGCCCUCGUUAGACGCAAACACGAGUUCCAGCUGCUCCCCCGGGCGCCUGAGGCCCUCCACCUGCGGCAGGAGGGCCCCUCGCUCCUCGGGGCCUGCUCCCCCCGCCUUCUCCCCAGACCGACCCUGAGGGUGGACCUCAGAGAGCGAGCUGGAGGGCACAGAGGAAGGAAUCCUCAGCCAACCCCGCGGCUCCGGCCCCCAUC